UUCAUUUUCAGUGUAAUUAUAAAUUGAAAGUGAAACAGUAAUGAUAGUGAAGAACAAUAACAGAAAAGGGGUGAAAGUAAUUGUUUGAUUUAAAAAAAUGGAAUGAUGAGCCCUUACAGAGGGCUCGUUUAACUAUUUCCAGUGACAGAUAGUUCGAAAAUAGUUGCAAUAUGGAUGAAAAUUUAAGUCGUGGUUACGUGCAGCUUGGCAAAGCCAGGGGUGUAAACGAGUUCAAGUUUUCUAAUGGAUUAGAUCAUAUAACACCUCCGACAGAUCGUUAUAGUUUUGUUUAUAUUGCUUUGAUACUCGCGGGUGCAGGAUUUUUAUUACCGUACAAUAGCUUUGUUAUUCCAGUAGAUUAUUUUCAAGCACGAUAUCCAGGUACGACAGUGGUGUUUGAUAUGUCAGUUGUAUAUAUAACCAUGGCAUUUUUUGCUGUCUGUGCUAAUAACAUUCUUGUAGAAACAAUAUCUCUAAAUACAAGGAUUGCAUUCGGAUAUUUUGUAUCAUUUGUUACUCUUAACUUCGUCGUUAUAUCAGAAAUAUGGUGGGAUUUUUUUGGGGUGGCUACAUCUUAUACAAUUAACUUAAUUGCAGUAGCAGUUGUUUCAGUAGGAUGUACAGUUCAACAAUCAAGCUUUUACGGGUAUACGUCAAUGUUACCAUCAAGAUAUACUCAGGCAGUAAUGACAGGAGAAAGUUUAGCGGGUUUUUGGGUGUCAAUUAAUCGACUAAUUACGAAAUCUAUUAUUGAUAAUGAACGUGGCAAUACUUCUAUAUUUUUCAUGUUAUCGGCAUCGAUAAUUCUGAUGUGUUCAUUUCUCUAUCAACUCGUCAGAAAGACAGAAUUUGUUAAAUUCUACAUAAAUCUUUGUCAGGAACGUAAUAAAAUAACCCUUGAACCCACGGAAGAUAUAGGUUUGAUGGACCCGUUGGAGCAAGUUGAUUCAAGUAAAGGACAAUAUGGAAUAUUAAAACUUCAAACGAGUCCUUUGGCUGUAGAUUCUAACGGCGAUCCAAGUGGCGCCCAAUAUUCAGCAUUUUCCUUCAGCAACCCAGUGUACGAGCCUAAUGGUCCGUCAGGGAAUCCCUUAAGUGGUACCGGCCCAAAAUAUAAAGUCGAAGAUGUCGUUGUAAUGCGAGGGUUUUCUGGCAAUCAAACCAGUAAACCUUGGUCAGGCAUCAAAAGGGGAUUAUUAGCAAGACUUGAAGUUGCAAAACUCAUUUUUCCUUACAUGGCAAGCAUUGGCGUAGCUUAUUUCGUUACACUUUGUCUCUACCCUGGCAUUGUAUCUGAGAUAAUAUCCUGCAAAUUUGAAUCAUGGAUGCCAGUAAUAUUAAUGGCAACAUUCAAUGGUGCUGAUUUACUUGGAAAAAUUUUAGCAUCGAUACCCUACGAAUGGACACGAACGCAACUGCUAUAUUUUUCUGGUGCACGUGUAAUUCUUAUUCCUCUUUUUCUUUUAUGUGCAAUUCCAAGGCACGCGCCAAUUUUAUCUAAUGAAAUUUAUCCACUAAUGUUCUCAUGGUUACUUGGACUUACGAAUGGUAUAGUUGGUAGUGUCCCAAUGAUCCAAGCGCCAAGUAAAGUUCCUGAAGAACAUCGUGAACUAGCAGGAAAUAUCAUGACCUUAUCAUACACUACUGGUCUUACUCUUGGAUCAUUGAUAGCUUACAUGUUGGAUGCACUUCUUGCUCAUCCAGUUUCUACAAAAAAACUUUGUUCGAAUUUAUUAACAGCUAUAACACCGACAACAUUGAUAAAUAAUACAACAACUGAAAUUUUAACGAGCAGUAUCAAAUACACAACUCUUCCAACAGUAAAAAAAAUAAGCAAAGUAUCGAAUACAUUAGUGACAACAGCGACUACAAAAAUGACAACAUUUUUGACGACUUCAUUUCUUGCGAAUAAAACAUUAAUACUUUUAGGAACUGCUCUUAACACAACAUCAACAACAGCAGUACCAAUGAUUUUUACCAAUGUCACAUCAACAAUUAGUAAUGCGAUUGUUCCGCAUUAAAAUAAGAUUAUAUUUCAUGACAGUUUUAUUAAGUUGUGAUUUUGAAGACUAAAUUUUUAUUCCCACCUUAUAUUUUAUUCAAAUCGAAAAAUGGAGAACAGGUUUCGACUCUUUUGAUAUAUCAGCUCAUCCUGGUGGAUGUGUAAUUUAUGGUAUUUUACGACAUUUUUUCCGUAAAUUUACACUAAAGGCGGUAAUUUACCGUAUAAUUGUGACAAGGAUGUGGCAUUUUAUCGUAAUCUAAAGUAUUGCACCAUAAAAAGACAAAUUCUUAGUUGAUCCGAAGUAGGUAAAUUACGGUAAUUACCGUAAUUUAUGAUUUCAGGCGAAACUACCGUAAUUUACGGCAAAAUUAGGUAAUUUGUAACGAAUUACGGCAUUUUACCGCAAUUUGCCGUAAUUUAAGGUAAAUGUUGCAUUUUGCCGUAAAUUACGAUAGUUCUUCCGGAUACCGUAAAUUACGGUAAAUUAUGGUAAUUACCGUGAUUUGGAUCCACUAGGGUUAGGUAUACGGUGCUCACGGUAAAUAAUGUCGCAAAUCGCGGUAAAUUGCUGUAUAUUUCGGCAAAUUUGCUGUGGAAACACCGUAUUUGACGUAAAUUACGCUUCAACGCAGUAAAUUAUGGGAAUUUACCGUAAAUCGGAUCCGCCAGGGUAAAAAAUUAUAAAGUAAAAUAAAUUAUUAAUUACCCUGACUAAAAACUCCGAUAAUAUCCGAUUGAAAUUAUUUUCCGAUUGAAUCUGAUUAAAAAAUUUAUAUUGGAUUUAAUCAGAUAAAAUCAGAAAAUAAUCGAAAAAUAAGCGCGGAUAUUUAGAAUGCUCCUUAGCAAUUCUGAUUAAAUAUUUGUUCCCAGUUGAAUUUCAAUCAGAUUACUUCGGAUAUAAUCGGAGUUUUUAAUCUUGGAAGUGUUUUCACUCAUUAGUAGAAAGAAAACUGUUAUUAAAUAGCAUUUUAUACAUCUUGUGGAAUCGCCAGUAUUAUAUUUGAUGACACUAGUUGUAUAAGAUACUAUUAUAGUAGUUAUUCAUUUUAAAUCGUUGCUAUAGAUGUUAAAAGAAAUUAUUUGACCCAACAGUUACUUCUAGAGAGAACCUUUAUCCCAGAAGUGCUUAAAAGUGGUGCUAAAAAAAAAUGGAUUGUAGAGUGUCGGGUCACGUGAUACGUUAUAUAUGUAUAUAUGAUUCAAUAAAAGUCAUGAGUGCUCAGGUUUAAAAAAAAAUUGAAACAUUUUUUAUGACAAACAUGAAAUACAAGAAAUCAAAAUUAAUUAGAAAUCAAUAAUUGCAGUUUACUCCUCAUAAGCCUGGUGUUAUAAGCCUCUCCCCUCAGUUGUCAGUUACUGGGUCCAAACAGCUCCCCCACUUAACCACUUCUUUGGAAAUGCAAAUUGGUAUGCAUUUAUAAAAUGAUAAAAUUCCCGGAAAAAAUAAAAUUCAAAUUAAUAUAUUUUGAUGAAACUAAUAACUAAUAAGAUUAGGAUAUUUCGGAGCCUCGUGUUACGUGGUUCGAACUGUUCUCUGCUAAAUUUAUUGACAAUCCAGCUGAGAAUGUGUAACUAAAUUAUCUUGACAGCAUAAAACAAUUUGAGUAUAAUUAAUCUUGUGUUGUAGUCCCAGUAAAAGAAUAGACUUUGGAAAUUGCCCCCACUACCAUACAUUUAUGAACUGCGCAUGCGCACAGAAAAGUAGGAGAACAUUCAGCAUAUAAAACAUCUAGGGUGGGAGUAAAAACCGACGAAACCCGAGGUGCAUUCUCUUGGUGAGAUGACGAUACUAUGUAUUUUUUUGUAUGGGAAUCCAGGUACCCAUAGAUUCUGUACGUGGAAUUCUUGUUAGAGAAUCCAGGUAUUUAUUGUUUUUUACCCAUAUUUUUCUGCAUGGAGGGAAACUUAUGGUAACCGUUCCUAGUACGUUUAUAAAAUAUCAUCUCAUACCGUUAUGUUAAUGGUUACUUGGUAUUAUGGGAUAUAGGCCCAUACUUUCUGGGAAAAGUUUCCAUAAGUAUGGAAAAAAUUUCCAUCAUUAUGGUAAC